CUUCGCUGCCUCACAUCUCCCUGCCGCCCUGUCUGGGGCUCAAUAGUCACCCGAUCCCUUCUCACCAGUGGCCCUCUGAGGUCUCACCCUGAGCUGGGAGGGGUGGGGGGAGAGGAGCACCCUCCCUGCCCCCUCUGCACACAGUCACAGGAGACCCUGCUUGGCACAGAGAAGACCCCUGCAAGAAGGACAGAGUCCAGUGGGGGGAAGUAGAAUUAAAAAAGAUGUCCUUAUAAAGACUCCGCCGUGGUCGCCUGUACCGGGAAGUGGCCCUUAAAUAACGGGAUGACGAUUGGUGCAAGGUUCUGGGAUCCCAUGAUGUAUAUUGGCUGAGGAGAUGCUUUUAACCAAAAUUAGACCACAUUUCUUGUCAUGUGGGGAAACACCCAGUGACUUCUCCUUCGGAGGAUUUCCUUUCUUGGGCUUCAACGUGAGGAGCCGGGGUAUCUCAGACAUUUUUUGAUUUCUUUUAUUAAGAAUUUGAGCAUUUUUAUUUUUUUAUUUUAUCAAUUACAAAAAUGACGACCUCGUCCAUAAGGAGACAGAUGAAGAACAUUGUAAAUAAUUAUUCAGAGGCGGAGAUUAAAGUUAGAGAAGCCACGUCCAAUGAUCCUUGGGGUCCCUCCAGCUCCCUCAUGACGGAGGUCGCCGACUUGACUUAUAACGUGGUGGCUUUUUCGGAAAUCAUGAGCAUGAUCUGGAAGAGGCUGAAUGACCACGGCAAGAACUGGAGACAUGUUUACAAGGCCUUGACCCUGCUGGACUAUCUUAUCAAGACCGGCUCGGAGAGAGUGUCCCACCAGUGCAAAGAAAACAUAUUUGCCAUACAGACGCUCAAAGACUUCCAGUACAUCGACCGGGAUGGGAAAGACCAAGGGAUUAACGUCAGGGAAAAGUCCAAACAGUUGGUCAGCCUCUUGAAGGACGACGAGAGGUUGAAGGGCGAAAGGGCCCAGGCACUUAAGACCAAAGAGCGAAUGGCUCAGGUGGCCACAGGAGUCGGAAGCAACAACCAGAUCAGUUUUGGCCGCGGUUCUAGCCAACCCAACCUGUCCACCAGCUACUCUGAACAAGACUAUGGGAAAUCUGGUGGCUCUCCGGCAUCUUACCAUGGAUUCAUGUGUGACGUCCUAUCAGCUACCUCCCCCCGAGUCUCUUCGGAGCUGGAACAGGCACGACCACAGACGAGCGGAGAGGAGGAACUCCAGUUACAGCUGGCGCUCGCCAUGAGCAGAGAGGUGGCAGAACAGGAGGAGCGAAUCCGACGAGGAGACGACUUACGACUUCAGAUGGCGUUAGAGGAAAGCAAGAAGGACACUAUCAAAGCCCCGAAAAAGAAACCGCAACCACAGACUUCAUUGUUGGACCUCAUGGAUGCUUUGCCUUCAGGGGCCCCAACACCUCAGAAGUCAGAACCUUGGGCGGCAGUGUCAGCAACAGCAUCAAGUAACCAGCAAGACCCCUGGGGGGGAUCAGCCGCCCGCUCCACUGGCAUAAAUACCUGGCAGUCUUUUGCAGGUACAAAACCCUCCGUCAACAGCGAUCCCUGGGGAUCAAGUUCGGCUUCUGCACCACAGCCUCUUCCAAAAAAACAGGAUCCCUGGGCACCUCCACAGGCGGCGGGCACGGCUAAUUCCACAGCAGACCCCUGGGGACCUGCUCCAGGAGUUAAAACAAGUACAAGCACAGGAGGUUCUUCUUUUGACCCCUUCAGCAAUUUAAAUGGGACGGCAAAAGAUGAUUUCUCAGAGUUUGACAGCCUGCGAUCCUCCUCCAAAGUCUCAGCCGACUCCUUAUCGACUUUACCAUCCUUGCGCAGCGGCACCACAAGUCCUGAUCUCUUCGACUCGCAGACCAGCAUUACCACCAGCAUCGGCAAACAGACCAUAGCUCGGAAAACCCCAGAGUCCUUCCUGGGACCCAACGCUGCCUUAGUGAACCUGGAAACGCUGGUCGCCAUGCCUGCACAGCCUGCCCCCACAUUUAACCCAUUCUUGGCAUCAGGAACCUCUACGCAGGGAUCUGCUCCAGUUGUCAACCCUUUCCAGGUCAACCAGCCACAAGCUCUCACCCUCAACCAGCUGCGUUCCAGCCCAAUGAUGGGAGUCAGUCCGUCCUUUAACACAGUGCCAGCCAUGGCUUCAGAGGUCUCCGUACCGCCGCCAUUACUGGGGAUGUCCACGUUACCCGCCAUACCACCAACGGGACUUGGGGUUAACAUGAACAUGGCAGCCACCUUGCCCCACCACAGCUCGGCCAUCCCACCCUCCACAGCCCAAGCCAUGAAUGCCACCAAUCCUUUCUUGCUAUGAAGGUCGCAGGAUAUUGGCCAUUGUGUACGGUAAAACACUACGCAUCGCUAAACUGUCGUCGUCUUCUUCCGGCCCCCGAGGGUAACGUCUGGCGGUUCCGUCCUGCGGUGGGGUAGGGGUGAUGUAGGCCUGAGGGGCAAAGCGUUCUAUCACAUCCGAUUCAACAUGGACACCAAAGCUGGACCUCGGCUUCCUGUCUGUCGCUUGUCACGUGGAUCGUGGUCGUCUUUUUUUCCACCGAGACUCCGUCGCUCACACUGGGAAGGAGACAAAAAAAAUACGGAUUUGUAAAAUUUGUUCCUUUAAGGAGACACUGGUUCGGACAGAGUAAAGUAAAACCGCCCCGACCAGCAUUGAGUGCCUAUGACAUGUGGGGUCGUCACCCCAAUGUCCUGUAGGUCUGAACGCGCCUAUAAUGGAGGAUUCUGAUAAAAGCUUGACUUAUAUGGAGUAGUUCCGGCCGCCAUCUUGGAAGGAAAUUAUGUUAAUGAAGCUUAAUCAACCUACAAAAAAAGUUCAGCAACUUUCUAAUAUAUUUUUAUGUUAAAAUUCCCUAUCAAUUUUUCAAGAUCUCUGCUUGCUGUCAACGAGAACACUCCUGUUUGCAUCAGAAAAUCUGGACAUAGUGAAUACUUCCCCCAGCGGAGGGUUUGGUACAGUGGUAUACAGUCUAGAUCAGUGAUGGCGAACCUAUGGCACGGGCACCCGCACCCUGGAAAAAGUCUAUGGUGUACCAAUAUGCCUUAGACUUUUGCUACCAUUAAGCAGCGCAAGGGGUACUAUGAACAGCACAGGCAGCGCACUGAAUUAGGCGGCUAUUAUAGUGAUGAAGUACAUGGAAGAUAUAAUUCAUUCAUAUAGUUACAUUGCCGUGUUGGCACUUUGCGAUAAAAAAGUGGGUUUUGGGUUGCAGUUUGGGCACUCGGUCUCUAAAAGUUUCACCAUCACUGGUCUAGAUAAUCCUCAGUGAGCUAAAUAGGCUGAUACACCUUUGACCUGCACUGAUACAUUGUAACAAACAGUCAGCACAGGAGAGAGACACGGCUUCCGAUGGGUUUGUCUUGCAGUGUUCAGACUGACUGCAAAGCCUCUGCUAUGUGGGGUUUCAGCACCUAGACGUAAGCUAUCGUGUGUCCAUUCACUGACAAAAAGCAGAGAUCUUGAAAAGGCUGAGAACAAAAUUAUGCUUUAUUUCCAGGAAAUGUCAGUGCAGCCUAUAGUAACUGAGGCGCAGCAAAACUCUUGGGGGUAGGUAACUGUGACAGACGCACCUAUAGGUGGGCACUGAGGUAUAUAUUUUUAAUGGGACCGUGUGCCAUUCUAGUCCCAAACUCGGCUGAUGCCAUGAUAGCUGCACCCUUAUUGUGAUUGGCUGCAUUCCUGACCGUCUCCGCAUCUGACAAAAUGGCCGCCUUUAGACUAAUAACCUUUUGCCACUUUAAUCCUCAGUCCCUACUGACUGGUGCACUGGUCCGUCCGGUGACCCCCACAGCAGGGGCUUAUGUCUGACAUCUAGUAUGAGAAGACUAAAUGGUGGUGUUGGCCACAGCAACCAGUAAGCUGUGCAGUCACAUAAAAUGGCGGCAGGUUGGUUGGCAGCCUGUAGCGCCCCUAUGGCUUCCGCAGCGUCCUCCCCUCCCUAUUCUGUUGUAGGCCUCGCUCACUAAACAACCUAACACUAAGAACAUCCAUCUUGCCCAUAUCAACCAAUCAGAGCUCAGCUUUCAUUUCUUAAACAGCUCUGGAAAAAUGAAAGCUGAAUUCUGAUUGGUUGCUAUGGGCAACAAGCAGAUUUGCUGUUUUGAUAAAUGAGGCCUAUAUAUAAGGGUUUCUUCACUCGUGUCCCUACGACAACACUUCCUGUCCCAGUCUUCUGGCAGAGCAGAAACAUUAGGCCUCAUGACAUCCAGUCAGGCCUGUACUUUACCUUUCAUGUAAAACUAUUAGUUGCUGUGAGCCUCGUGUCCCUAGGAUGAUAGAUUGAAGGGGCGGGAAGUGUUGUCAUGGGGGCAGAGCUUGUAACUAACUUCACCUGAGUGCAUUAGUAAGAUACAGCGCCCCACCUGUCUCUGGGUUGUGUCUGGUAUUGCAGCUCAGCUCUAUUGAAGUCAAUGAGGCUGAGCUGUAACACCACAUAGACACUAUGGACGAGUGAGGUACUGUUUUUGUUUUUUGUAGAAAGCGGCCAUGUUUUCUGAUUGUUAGCGACUUCCGCCAUCAAAUUAAACUGCGCCACUGCUCCUGACAGACAAGACUGGUGCUAAGGAGAAGAGGAGCAGUCGCCCCUAACAACCAAUCAGAUUGCAGCUUCUAUUCUCCAACAGACCUCUAAAAAAUGAAAGCUGGAAUCUGAUUGGUUGCUGUGGGUGACUACUUUGUUUCUUUGCCCUAGAUUUCAUAAAUGCCCGCCAUUGGUCUUUCUGAUGUUACCUAUGUCAUCAUUGACUAGAAAUGUCUAUAUUUUUUAUUCAUAUUAGAGCGUUUUUACAAAAAAAAAAAAAAAAACACCAUUAAUUGCCGCCCCGUUCCUUAGCUAUAUCUGGUGAUAACCAAUUUGGCCGCCUCAACAGCUUCCUUGGGUUUUAAAGGGUCUAGAAAAACCUGAGUAAAAAAAAAAACAAUAUGGCCGCCAUGACAGCUUCCUCAGUUUGGUGACAACCAUGGCAGCCAUAUUGUUUGUUACACAGCUUUCCCAGAGACAGAUAGAACUAAGAAAUGGUUCAUAAUCUGACAGAUAUGGACGACACAAGGAUGGUUGUUUUUUUUGUGAGCGUGGGGAUGCUCUAUAAAUCUAAGAAAACGGGGGCAAACAUUUUGAGAGACACCCCUUUAAUUAAAAAAAUUUAUAAAAAUCAGAUCAUGUGACUGAUCACCACAAUCAGGCGUCAUCAUGACCAAAAAAUGCCCCAAAAUCUCCUCAUGUAAAUACGGGAUAUUCGCGUAUCCCGUUUUUUGCCGCAAAUUUUACGAAAUUGCGGAAAUCCAUGGCGUUUUGCCGUGAUUUAGAGAAAAUCGCAGCAGAAAAUGCAACAUAACCGCAAUUGUAGGGUAAGGCCGCACGGAGCGUAGCACCGCCCUUGCUGUUUUGCCGCAAUAUGCCAUGAUUUUUCAAGGCAUAUUCUGAAAACUGUGUCAAUUUGCAGUAAAACCGCCAUGAUUUUUGGCCUCUGGCUCCACGUUAUUCCGCAACAGAAAAUACAUUUUAUGUUUUUAACCGUCUGUGUAAUAAGGCGCCAACUCCAUGGCGAUAACAUGAGGCACGAUUUGAUUAUCCCUACCGGACAUUUGUGGGCACAUGACACGGCAUGGAGAGAUAACAUUCUAGGCGCCCCCUGCAGGCUAAUGUUUGUACUGACAUCUACCGCAAUCGGUCAGGGCAGAAAUUCGCAUGCACAUUAUCGCCAUUGAGACAAUUCAUUUAUACAACUGGACGCCGGAAAUUUUAAUUACUGUUACAUUGUUUUUAAUGCCGGUUCCACACAGCGAGAUUUGCGCAACUUCUUUUUAUUUUUUAUUCUUAAUUCUAAAAGACAGAAUUUUGAUUUCUUUUAUAUUCAGUCUCAUUUUUGGUUAAAAAAGAAAAUCAUGGCUGUUGCGGCGCUCUGUGAAGUCGGGGGAGAGGGGGGGGGGUGUUGCAUUGUGAAGCAGGUAAUGGCGGAGACAUUGUCACAUGUUCUGUGUACCGGUCGGCUCUGCUAAGUCUAAGUUAUUUUUUCUUUUGUAUUUAAUCCCUUCACUUAAAGUCCUAUUUUUACGACAA